AGCUCGAUCGACAAUCAGUGGAAGUUAACAUUAGCAGAGUACGUCAUGCCGGCUUGCCAAGUAGCUGGCGCUACAUUGUACGCAACAAUCGUCUUGUGCGAAGUGUACGAUCGCCUGUCCUCCGAGGUUGGCGAAGGCCUGGUAAGAAGCACCCCAAUUGUGGCUCAUGCUUAUCCACCCGGUUUUCGUACCCUUAACCCACAUGCUGGCCACGUCACCUCCGCCACCCACAUUCAUCACGUACACGAGCAGCCAGUAACCGUUCCCCUGGAAGCUGAAUCGAAGCCCACCCAUGCGCACGCAUGGCACUCUGUUUUACCUACGGUACAUGACGGGCACGAUGCCGGCUUUCCAUUGCGCGAUCUUCAUGAAGGCGGGCUUGGCCAUGUCGAAGUGGGUACGUGGUGGGUUGCACCAGCCGCCGUUGUUAGAGUCCUGAGACCAAUUGGGCGGGCACAGGUUUGUGGCCGUCACAGUUGUUAUGGGCGACCCAUUGAAGCACCACUCAGAGUCGACACACUUUAUCUGGAAGCAUUGUCCACAUGCGAAGCCGUUGUUGAAAAGAACCGAGCUAAGAGCCGCCGUGUCAGUCCCGUACCCGUUGUUGAACAGGUUCCCGUAACCACACGCUCCCCCUACACACAAUGUUACUUAUGA